AUGGCUUGGCCGCUGAAAGAAACCAGGCAGUUAACGCUUGAUGACUACACGGUGGCCUGGAUCUGUGCCCUCCCAAAAGAGAAGACCGCAGCGAGAAACAUGCUCGAUGAGCUGCAUCGCAGUCCUCUGCAGCCAGAAGCUGAUCGAAAUAUCUAUACAUAUGGUCGCAUCUGUGCGCAUAAUGUCGUCAUUGUAUGCCAGAGCGAUAUAGGCACGACAGCAGCAGCGUUCGUCGCGAAUCAGUUACUGAAUACAUUUCGUAAACUACGCUUUGGUCUGUUAGUAGGGACCGCUGGUGGUGUGCCCGAUAGAAAGGAUAUCCGCUUAGGAGAUGUGGUCAUCAGCAAGGGAGAUGGUCGGUCCGGAGGAGCUGUGGUUCACGACCGCGGAAAAGUCACACCGAUGGGGUUUGAGUCCCAGCCCUUCUUAAAUGGAGUGCCAGAGUUGUUAAGAAACGCGUUCAACGAGUUGGAAUCACUACAAUCGGACGAGGAAAGUACAAUUCUAGGACACAUUUCUCACGCCAUUGAAAGAAAUCCUUUCUUUAAGAGCUACGAUCGACCGGCCCUAGAGGAUUGCCUGUUUAAGAGCGGCUAUGGCCAUAUCGAUCCAGACAGUAGUACAUGUGAAAAGUGCCUAGAGAACUCCGAGCAGGUCGAGAUUCGCCAAUCGCGAGGAGCACGGGAACAUAUUCCUGUUUUACAUUUUGGAGCAAUAGCAUCGGGUAAUCAGAUCAUCAAGGAUAGCGCGAAAAGGAAACAGAUUGCGGAGACUUAUCCUUAUGUUCUUGCAAUAGAAAUGGAGGCUGAGGGGUUGAUGAACACCUUUGGAUGCGCCACGAUACGGGGUAUCUGCAAUUACGCUGACUCUCACAAAAACGAUUCUUGGAAGAAUUAUGCUGCAGCUACGGCAGCUGCCACUGCUAAGGAGGUUCUCAAAGUUAUACCAGGUGUGGAGAUGGAUGAGGUGCCCGCCAUAACUACUGACAACCAUCAGGAUUACAUCAUCGAUUUUGAACUUCCUAUCCCUGCCGUGUCGAGUGCAUUCAUCAAGCGAAACGAGCUACAGCAGAUCAAAGACGCUUUGCUCUCUCUCCAGCAUCCACGACAACGGAGACUGUUCGUUUUGUACGGAGUUGGUGGUAUUGGAAAAAGCCGUCUCGCGAUCGAGUUUGCGAGAGAAUAUCGUAAAGAAUUCACCGCAGUUUUCUGGCUUGAUGGUUCUACAAACAGUAGUCUUAGCCAAAGCAUCGCAGGCAUUAGGGAGGGACUUCCCACCCAUCAACAACCAGACCGGCAGCAUAGUCCCAAAUCAGGGCCUACAGAGGAGCUGCAAAAUGUAGUCCAAGACGUCCUGAUGUGGCUCAGCCGGCGAGGAAAUGAUCGAUGGCUCCUGAUCUUUGACAACAUCGAUAGGGACUGGACACCCGAAACAUCCGACCCCGACGCCUUUGAUAUAUUGAGAUACUUCCCCAGAGCCGACCAUGGUUCUAUUUUGGUGACAACCCGACUCCCACAUCUGGGUUCUACCUGGCACAGUGUCAAGGUCCCAAGGAUGAAUCUGGAUCAGAGUAAAGAGCUUCUAGAAUCAACGGCUCGAAGGCCGAUCGUGGGUUGGGAGCGACUAGCUACCGCUUUAGACGGACUUCCACUUGCUCUAACCCUUGCGGGAUCCUACCUGCGACAACAUCGGCUUUCAGUGGACAAGUACUUAGAAUUGUACCGCAAGGCUUUUGAAAGGCUCUUUAACCUGGCACGGCCGCCACCUGAUUAUUCCCGUAGCAUCCUCUCAACUUGGCAAAUUUCAUUCGAACAGGUGAAACAGGCCAAUCCUAAUGCGGCGUAUCUUUUCCAGCUGUGGUCGUGCCUCUCACAUACAGACCUGUGGUUUGAAUUGCUUUCCUCAACAACGAUACACGGGAAGGAUGAAAUCCCUGAUUGGUUUCGUUCAGUGAUUUCAGAUGAGUUAUCAUUCCUCGAAGCUGUUCAACCGCUUCUGGACUACUCGCUCGCAGAACAUCGAGAAAAUGCUGUAGGAUACCAUGUACAUCCUGUGGUCCAUGAGUGGUGCCAUACUCAAUUAACAGAGAAGAAUGAGAUGAGAAUACUCGCAACGGUUAUUUUAGGGUGUGCAGCACCGGCUUCGGAGGCCGAAGAACAUUGGGCGCUGGAACGUCGUUUGCUUCCUCACAGUGAUCAACUAUUGGCUCUCGUCAGUAGUACGACUGACUUCAACAUACCAAAAGAAAAACUACACCUCAUAAGCUCGUGCUACAACAAUCUCGGUAAUCUCUAUACUGGCCAGGGAAGGAUGGAGAAAGCUGAGAAGCUGUACCACCGAGCACUAAAUGGUUAUGAGAAGGUGUGGGGACCAGAUCAUCCAUAUACUCUGGACACUGUCAACAAUCUUGGUAAUCUCUAUAAAGCUCAGGGUAGGAUGGAGGAAGCUGAGAAGAUGUACCACCGAGCACUAAAUGGUUAUGAGGAGGUGUUGGGAUCAUAUCACCCAUCUACACUGAACAAUCUUGGUAAUCUCUAUAAAGCUCAGGGUAGAAUGGAGGAAGCUGAGAAGCUGUAUUAUCAAGCACUAAAUGGUUAUAAGAAGGUGUGGAGACCAAGUCACCCAUGUAUACUGAGAACUGUCAACAAUCUUGAUAAUCUCUAUAAAGCUCAGGGUAGAAUGGAGGAAGCUGAGAAGAUGUACCACCAAGUACUAAAUGGGUGUGAGGAGGUGUGGGGACCAGAUCACCCAUCUACACUGAGAACUGUCAACAAUCUUGGUAAUCUCUAUGAAGCUCAGGGAAGGAUGGAGGCAGCUGAGAAGAUAUACCACUGCAUUAAAUGGGUAUGA